UAGUAGUGCAGCAUUCGAGAAAACACUGAAGAGCACGAUGGCGUCUACUGAGUAUGCGCCAACGCCCCGGCUCCAAUUCCGUACCCAAACCCUUUGGGUCCAAAGUUUUUGCCGUAACAGGCUGUUGGAAAGAAAGACAAAUGCAGCCUGAAUGGAUCAGUUCGGUUCAUCUGACCUGGCUUCACCACUUUGCACCAGCACUGAAAACAGGUGUGAACACAAGAUGACUGUAGAGGAAUCUGCAGGGCAAGACAGUCAGUGAAGAGCACACAAAGAAGACAUAUGUGAAGAUGCUCCCAGCACCAGGAGCAUGUCCACAAAGCAGAAAGUGAAAAACAACAGCUUCCUGUCUCGAUGAAUGGUGAGGCUUUUCGGACCAAUGGGAGGGCAGCAGUGAGGAUGCAACAGUGAUCCAGGAAAAAACAGCCUAUUGUUCCAGGGACGUCGGAGAAGUGUGACCUCCCUCCUGCCGGCUCUGGCUGCACAGCUUAACGGCAAACUGAAGGACCCAGUACCCCACUGACAGGUCACUAUGAGUGGGGGAGUUAAUGUGAAGUCGGCCCCUCGGGCUCCUCCCUCGUCAGGAAUCCCCCUCCCACACAGCCUUUUGCCCUCCUCCCCCAAAGCAGACACCCGCCGCAGGGCUAGUGACCUGUCCAGGUGCUCAGCACUGACCCCGAAACACACUCCCACACAUACACCCACGCACUCUCCUUCACUUUGCCCGCGGAGCUCCAGCAUCCCAGGGCCUUCCUCCAGGGACCCGACGAGAGACCAUGGCCUGAAAAGUCAGCUCUUCAAGCGUCCUGUUCCCCAGGUGUCACGUUCCGCCUACAGCAGCCCGUUAACCCAGCGCAGGAUGCCUCCACCACACUCCAAAGACACCCUGGAUUUGGACAAACUCGUCCCGUCUCACCUCUCAUCACGGUUUGCACAUGAUGGCAAUCGCAACAGAAACACCUUCAUCAAUAAAAACCAAACGUGUGGCGCCUACAACAUGCGUCCAGCGCUCCAGUUCAGGAGAGGGGGCAACUCCAACACUGUAAGCGAUGCACCAAAAGAGGUUAUACCGCAAGGACAGGGAGAGCCUCCAGAAAACCACGCAGACCAGUCCGCCAUGUUGAACAACAGUAACCUAUGCCCGUCGCUCACUCAGGUGAACUACAAGCACAGUAUCAGUGGUCGCAGUGACUCCACCAGCCAAUCAGAUGAGGAGAUGGGGACCCCUGAGGACAGCAGUCCGGCUUCCCCUCGUGGUCCCCUGCCCCUGCCACCGAUCACGUUCACCCUGCCAGCAAUGUCAAAAGUGGCCAUCGAUAUGCAGGAUCGAAACUUAGACAAGGAAGCUGCAUGCACAGAGACACACACACCCAGAGUCAACAUGGCGACUGUGGCUCCAUUCAGUUACAGGGUACUAGUGCAGGAGAGCGAUUUUUCGCUGGACGAACUGAGUGACUGCUCGUCUGGAUCCAUAGAAGUCUGCUGUGAUGACCUAACACCAGGAGGGAUGUUGGAGGCUAAUGUGGCUAACAUUAGCAUGACGGCUAAGCCCAGAGAGCUGGAUCUGAGGUCUGCUGCUGUCUCCUGCCAGGAAACUUCAGCCCAGGCCAUGGCCUCCAGGAAGCCCACGGCCAAGCCCUCCGCUCUGCCCCAGGGACCUCCACGUCCCUCCGGGUCAGAACUCAAGGUGUACCGGCCCACGUCUGGAUCUAUUCCUAUCCCAAUCCCCAAUCCGUCUGGGCUCCGCAAGCAGCGAUCACUCAGCAACUUGUCUGUGCUCACUGACGCUGAGAAAAAGCUGCACCUUUAUCAAUCUCCACGUUGGAAUGAUGACGCAAGCCGGCCCGGCACUGGCAGCAACAAGCCGGGUCAGACUAAGACUGGUCAGGCCGGAGGUGGGAAACCACCACUCUCCCGGACCCUUUCAAAGUCAGAACAGUCUCUUUUUCAGGGCAAGCCCAAACCUUUCUGCUCCCCUUCUGUGACUUCUAAUGUGAGCAAGCCCAGUCGAAUCCCUGCCCCUGGUAAACCACGGGGACCUUAUGCUGAAGUCAAGCCUAUCAGCAAGGCUCCUGAGGCAGGCCAAUGUGCAGACACAGACCCUGCAGACCACCCAACUAAGGCUAACUCAAAUGGAGCUGGGAAUACUGGGACUAAUGGCAAAAAACUUGGGGAGAAGGGGCGAUCUGCAGCUCUGUCAACAGAGGAGAGGAAAGAGAAGAAGGGGAUCGAAGGAGAAGAUGAUAAGGGCUUUCUGAAGGUGGACCCAGAGUUAGUGGUGACUGUUCUGGGAGACCUGGAGCAGCUUCUCUUCAGUCAAAUACUUGACCCGGAGUCCCAGAGGAAGAGGACUGUGCAAAAUGUACUGGAUCUUCGACAGAACCUGGAGGAAACUAUGACCAGCCUGAGAGGGGUACAGCUCAGCCACAGCUGUGUGGAGGGCACCGUGUGCUACGACAGCGAUGAAGCUGCUGCAUUCUCAGUGUCCAGCCUAUCGAAUCGUUCUUCUCCGUUGUCAUGGCGUCAAGGUCAAGCCAGCCCCCGCCUGCAGGCUGGUGAAGCUCCGUCCACAGGUAACACGCAGUCAGAAGUGCCGCUGCGGAUCAACCACACCUCUCGUAUCCACCUCAUCGAAGCACUGGAUGACUCAGAUCCGUCCCUUCUGAAGGGAGAUUAUCUCAGCAACAGCGACCUAGGCAGGAAGAGCCCAAAUGAGGAUGAUGAUGAAGAUGAUGAUGAUAUUGAUGAUUUGGGGAAUGGUUGGGAUGAGAGCAGCUCCAUCAGCAGCGGUUUGAGUGACGGCUCAGACAACCUCAGCUCUGAAGAGUUCAACACGAGUCCCACCCUCAACUCCCUGCCUACCACUCCGAUCGGCUCCCGCAGAAACUCAGCUAUAGUGAUGCGUACUGAUGCGGAGAAGAGAUCCCUGGUGGAAAGUGGUCUGUCCUGGGAUACUGACGAUACCAAACCCAGCCGCAAGAGCCAGGGAAGCGGCAUCUACGAUACAGGGAGUCUCAAGUCCGAAUCAGGCAAUAAAUGGAAAAAGACGCGGACGCAGGGGGAGGGGCUAGAUGGAGGCAAGGGCGAACUGAAGAAACCUCAGACCCUGGGUCAGGGAAAUAUGUUGAAGAAAGGAAGAAACCCACCUGUGGGAGUCACCUCCCCGAUCACACACACCUCUCAGAGUGGGCUGAAAGUGGCAGGCACAGUAAAGUCAGAUGGGAAGUCACUGGAUAAGUCUCGAUUAGCGUUGAAGACAUCUGGCCUUCAGCGCUCCUCUUCUGAUGCUGGUAAAGAACACAGAAAUGGCACCAGUGUGGCUGAGCAACGUAAACCUCCGUCCGGCCUGGUUAGGCCAUCAACUGGUGGAAACUUUGGCUUCAAGAAGCCCACCACAGCUACCAGUAAUGGCCCAAGCAAUGCCAGCACGCCCACCGUGAUGAGUACGGGUGGCAGCGCCAUACCCUGCGGCUCUGCAACUGUGGGGAAGAUUCCCAAAACGUCUGGUAUUCCUGUCAAACCAGGGGCUGCUGGUGGAGGAGGACGAAAGACAAGUCUUGAUGUUUCGAACAGUGACCAGAGUGGUUUUCUCUCUGCCAAUGCCAGGACAUCUCUACAGUACCGCUCUCUGCCUCGCCCAGCAAAGACAAGCACCCUGACUCUAACCCGGCCAAGCUCAGCUCGCCCAAUGAGCACUACUGUGGACACAGGCUCGGGGCUGAUGAAACCGUCCACCACAGCGCCCCAGAGCUCAAGACUUAAAGAGCCUGCCUCAGGGCUCGGUUCUGGAACAGGGUUGAGUAAGGCAGGGGGGCGUGGGAUCCCGAGUCCCAGUCCUGUCAAUCAGACAGACAGAGAGAAAGAAAAAGAGAGGGCCAAAGCGAAAGCUGUAGUCUCUGACUCUGAGUGUGGAGGUGGGUCUCUGAAGGGCAGCCCUGCUCAGACCCCUUCAGAGAACGGAGGCAAGCUGCAGGGUCUGAGACCUCCCAGCAGUGGGAAGGGCAUGGAUCUGCCCUCGCCCAAUACGCACAGGUUAUCUGGGAUGCGCAGUCUGGCAAAACCUCCAUCUAUGGCCCAGCUUGAUAAGCUGAACUCCAAUAGCCUAGAGGUGGGGGUUCAUGACUUCCUGCCACCCAAGAUUCCUCCCUACUCCAAACUCCAGGACCUGGCCAGCUCAGUAGGCAGCUCCUCUGGCCCCAGCCUGACCCCCAGCCUGACCCCCAGCCCUGCCCCGUUACUCAAUGUGAACUCUUCAGCCUGCUUCUCAAGCUCGGAGAAUGGGCUGGGGCCCAGACAGGUCUCUUCACUUGGUGUUGAAGGGAGCGGAGGGAGCACCUCUCCCCUUCUCCACCCUCGUCUGUCUGGGCUGCAUCGCAGCAUGGAGUCGCUGUCACUCCAGAUGAGUCUGGCCCCAGAGCGCCAGGACAGUGAGAGAGGGAAUUUGGUGAGAGGCUACACCACCAUCGAGUCCCGAGACAAAGACAGACAAGAGGACAGAGGCCCUCCUGUCAGCUGGAGCUCUGGAAGUAAAGUCUCAAUGUCACUCAUAGACAGUUCUCAGAGAGACAGAAACACGCUGCCAAAGAAAGGUUUAAGUUUCAGCGGAGCCUCGCAGGCUGAGGAGGAAGGAAAGGAGAAAGGAGAGAGGAGACACUCUCAUACUGUUCUGAGUAUGACCGACUCACUCACUCUUCCACUGCUGUCCUCACCCACCUCCCUCCCCCGCACCUGUAAGACCAAUAUGGUACCCAGCCCUGUCGGCGGACCCCCGAGGAUGACUCGUUCUAACAGCAUCCCAACACAUGAUGCCUCUCUGGAGCUGUACGGGGCGUCUCCGCUGGGCAGCACGCUUUCGCUGGCUGAACGUCCACGCAGCAUGGGAAUGGUUCGCUCCGGGUCUUUCAGGGACAAGGAGCCCGACGAGGUUCAUGGGUCUGUGCUCUCCCUGGCGUCCAACGCUUCGUCAAGCUACUCUUCGGCUGAGGAAAGGAUUCAGGGAGAGCAAAUCCGUAAGCUGAGGAGAGAACUGGAAUCGUCCCAGGAGAAGGUGUCUAACCUGACAACACAGCUGACAGCGAACGCAAAUCUGGUGGCCGCCUUUGAGCAAAGUUUGGCACUGAUGACAACUCGGCUGCAGAGCCUGUCAGUAAGCCACGAACAGAAGGAUUCGGAGCUGAUGGAGCUGAGGGAGACCAUUGAGGCUCUGAGGACCAAGAAUGAAGAAGCCCAGGCUGUCAUACAUGGGGCCUUAAACAACCCGGAUAACAUGAAAGAUCUGCAGAUACGACGUCAGAACUCAUGUGAGAGCAUCUCCAGUCUCAACAGUCUGACCAGUAUGUCGAGCUUGGGCAGCUUGAAGGACCAAGAUGCCAAGAAGAAGAAGAAAAAGAGCUGGUUGAGAAGCUCCUUCAACAAGGCUUUCAGCAUUAAGAAAGGCUCCAAAACAUACUCAGACAUUGAGGAAAUUGCCACUCCGGACUCCUCAGCUCCCAAUUCCCCAAAGAUGGUUCACGAGGGGGUAGAAGGAGGAGAAAACCAGCCCUCAUCCCUCAAAACCUCGGCCUCUGCCACUUCCUCUGUGAUCAUGGAGACUGCAGAAGAGGGAGACAAUGAGGAAACAGCGGUGUCACAGCUACGCUCAGAACUCUGGCUGAAGGAGAGAGAGCUGACAGACAUCCGACUGGAAGCCUUAAGCUCCGCACAUCAUUUGGAGCAACUCCGAGAAACCAUGAACAACAUGCAGUCAACGGUGGAGAACCUGAAGGCAGAGAAUGACCAUCUGAAAACAGGUCAGCCCCCUGUCCCUGCCUCCGGUCCCACUUCUUCCACUUCCCAGCCGUCAGGCCUGGCCUCCCUCCUGGGAUCCUCACUGAGGCAACCGAUGAGUAUGUCCCUCACCAAGUCCUUCAGCCUCAGUCUGAAUGAUUGCAAAGAUCCAGACAUGUCUCCAGUUGACAUGUUAAGUCUGUCUUCCCAACUGGAUGAGGUGUGUGCACGAGUAUUGGUCCGCAUUGGAGACCAAGCAGAGGACAGUAAGCAGCCGCAAGAGUACUACCUGGGCUCAGUGCUGGUCAGUGCAAGGACUGACUGGGCUUGUCUCGACUCUCUUAUAGCUAAGACCUUCAAGGAUUACCUUACUCAAGUGGACCCGACUGACAGCCUGGGCCUGUCCAGUGAUUCGUUGCACAUGUACCAGCUGACCCAAGGAGGGCAGAGGGUGAUAGGAGGGGACAAACCUCAAGCCUCACCUCAUCGUUGUCUUGGCAGUGGUUCACCUCAAAUAUUUGUCACCUUGAAAGGUCUUAGAGAAAAAUGCGUUGAUUCACUGGUGUUUGAGACUAUGAUUCCUAAGCCAAUGAUGCUGCAUUACAUCAGCCUGCUGCUGAAGCACAGGCGUCUGGUUCUAUCUGGGCCCAGCGGGACGGGAAAGACUUACCUGGCUCAGCGUUUGGCCCACUACCUCCUUGAGCGCAGCCGGACUGACGCGUACGAGGCCGAUCACGAGACCCUGAUGCCAGGUCGCAGCACUGCCGUCUCCUUUAACAUGCAUCGUCAGUCGCAGAAGGAGUUGCAGUUGUAUCUGUCUGAUAUAGCCAACCAGAUUGACAGAGAGAGUGGAGCAGAGCUGCCGCUUGUUGUUAUUAUAGAUGACAUUAGUGAUUCGACAGCCAUCUCUGAGCUUGUUAACGGAGCGCUCACCUGCAAGUAUCACAAAUGUCCCUACAUCAUUGGAACAACCAAUCAGCCUGUGAAGAUGACAUCUAACCACGGACUGCACCUGAGCUUCAGGAUGGUGACGUUCUCUAACAAUGUGGAACCGGCCAACGGGUUCCUGCUGAGGUACCUGCACCGUAAAGCCGUUGAAGCCUACCAGGAGAAGGAGCAGGACCCAGCAUGCCACCAGGCUCUCCUCUGCGUACUGGACUGGGUCCCUCAGCUCUGGUACCACCUCCACACUUUCCUGGAGAAACACAGCACUUCAGACUUCCUCAUAGGUCCCUGCUUCUUCCUGUCGUGCCCAGUAUCGGUGACAGAGUUCAGGCAGUGGUUCAUUGACCUGUGGAACCACUCCAUCAUACCGUACCUACAGGAGGGAGCCAAAGACGGCAUCAAGGUGCACGGGCAGAAGGCGGUGUGGGAGGAUCCAGUGGAGUGGGUGAGAGGGACUCUCCCUUGGCCCAAUGCACAGCAGGACCAGUCCAGGCUCUUUCACCUACCUCCCCCCAGCAUAGGUCCACCCAGUGAGGAGAAGAAGCCCCCCAAAGAUACACCUCCACCCAGCACAUUGGAGUCAGACCCACUGAUGGCCAUGCUGUUGAAGCUGCAGGAGUCGGCCAACUACAUCGAGUCUCCAGAGCGGGAAGGCUAUCUGGAUCCCACUCUGCAGGCUACACUCUGAGGAUAGCAUGCGACUGUCAGUCAAGCUAUGGAACUGCAGGCUCUUUAUGGCUGACACAGCGGGUACAGUCCCAGUGAGACUUUAAAGACUCAAUAAUUAACUUUACUGUGUGCUCAGUGAGCAGUGCUAAAGACAAAUGUAAAGGACUUUACAGAGAGAGAGAGAGAGAGAUUAUGGACAAAGGGUUUGCUUUGCCCUGCUAUCAGAAAAGACAAUUAAACUGCUUUCAUAGGAAGCUGUGAUGAUCAUGUCAGGGAAAGACUUGUCUCUUCUCUGCCCACAAUUUGUUCCAUAUGGGUUGUUGUUGAAUCAGCAAGUGCAUGGUAACCUGGAAUAGUAUGAUGCAAAAUAUUACCUAUAAUCCUUUGGAUCAAAACACAUUCUUUUCAUGUCUUGGUUUUGACUGCCACAACUUUAACCACAAUUACUGGUGCUUACUGUACUGGUUUUCAUUGGAGGCGCACGCUUCAGUUCGCAAAGAAAUUGUUAAACUCUGAUUUCUUCAAAAAGUAGGAUUGUCACUCUCGACGACGGCCAAAAAUGCACUUUAUUUUCUACGUGUGGGAAUUGGAUUUGAGGAGGCUGUGUCAGUGACGCUGUGUUAAAAUGGGCGGGGGGGGGGGGCUGUCACUUUGGCCAAAUUAUGCAGUUCAUCAGUAAAUCCUCUAGAUGGCAGCAUCUACCUUUUUCAUGCCUCAGUGCUCUCCUGGUGAGCUUUCUGACUUCACAAAGGUGCUCAGUAUAAAAUAUAAUACACACUCUAUAACACAACUAUGAAAAUGGCCUUGAAUGUUUUUUUUUUUCUUUCUUCAGUUAAGCCAUUGUGUCAUUUAUGAAUCGAAUAUCAGAAGCUGUGAAGCAACAUGCAUGGGUGAAUAAUGAACCAGUUUUAGGGUCAGUCUAUAAAGAAAACAGUACCCACUGGUUUCCUCCAGUAAUAUACUGAUAUUAUAACCACAGAAACAGACAGUGUCUCUGCUCAACAUUCUGUAUUGUAAACACACGGGAAAAAAAAAAAAAAACAAAAACAAAAACUGCUUGUUUGUCUAGUCUGCAAAACCGGCCUACCAUUUCUGGCUCUGCUUGCAUAUAAUCUGUAUUUAGAUAUGGUUUUAACACACAUAAUUCUCUUGUGAUAGAUGAGGAUACGGCUUUGAAAAUCUUGAUUUUGUAGAAUUUUAUACUGAGUCAUCUUCAAUGGUCGUCUGUAUACAACAACUAUCACCAAUGUAUACCUAACAUGCCAUUAUCAGAUAGCGACAGACAUUGUCGAGGUGGUGUACUUCUAUUGUCACGUUCAUCAUCCCACAGGGGAAGGAAGUGGACAACAUUAGUAAAGAAAAAAAAACAACUUCCAUUACAUGACAAGUAAAAAAAAAAAAAAAAAAAAAUCCUCUCUCAUUGCAUUCUCUUUCUAUAUUUGAUAAGAUACCUUUUUCAGAUUGUAAGAAAUCGGUUUCCUUCUCACACGUUUGUUUUAAGUGUUACUUUAAGAGAGAGGGCUGGGGGUAACAAAGGUUGAAAAUCGUUUAUAAGCUUCCUCCUGUUUCUUUUCCUUCAUUUGUUUGCACAUAAUAUAUGUUAGAAUAUUAGAUUACAGAGAGUAUUUGUUGCUCACAUCUUGACUGUUCUUGUGAUGAAGGAAGAAAGCAUAAAAAAGAUGUGUAAGAGGAGGAAAGCUGUAGGAAGUAGAGAUAUUCUCAAACCUCUCAGCCAUGUACCCCUUGACCCUGAAGUACCUCAGACUGCCAUAUUCUGUCCAGAUGUUCCUCUACUUUCCACAAAAGGGUGCUGGUGUAAAGUAGAGACAUGAUGCCUAAGUCUAUCUGUGCCUGAAACACAAUUUGGCCUGAAGCUGUUUUCGAGCCGCUUUAAUCUACCACUCUGAGGCCUCAGUUUAGAGGAAACGUCAUCACUUCCUCUCACCUACUCUGAUGUCACUUUAAUGUCGUCACCUUGAUGCCCAGUUUCGGGUGGAGAGUGGGUUACCAAUUUUUUGACCUUUGGCUUUUAGCCACGGUGAUAAGCUGUUAGUAAAGACGAUGUGUGUGUGUCAGUUAACUCUGCAAUAGAUGAGGGUGUGUAUCGCGAUCAGGCUGCUUGUGUGACACAAUUUCGCACACUUUCGAGUGUGAAAGUUAUGACAUCUUUGAGAAGUUGCAAGGAGGAGUGUUGGGAGCAAUGUGAGAACAGAUGUCAGCCUGGAGACAUAAUAUCAACACGCAUAUCCCUGUUGUGUUUCCCAAAGUCUUGUUUCAUUGGACCUACCACACUUUACCUUAUCAUGGGAGGGAUUUUUAACAACUGGAUAUCUUCCUCUUUUCAUGUUGCUUUUAAGAGCAGACAUUUGUUUUUUUCUUAUGCAAAUAUUUGUAAAGGUUUAUUUCUCUUUUGUACAUGACAUCACUAUUGUAAACACUGUAAAUAGUCUGUGCAUCUGCGACAACAAUCACUAAAAUGUGUAGAGAUCGAAGAGAAGGCACGGCCCCUCUAUGCAGAAAAUGGAGGUCCUCUGUGGUUUUAUUGUCUUCCUCCAGUAGGAAGGAGCACUUGGCUUAAAGGCGGCGGGGGGCUAAUAAUGUUUGUUUGGCAUGUCUCUUUAACCACAUCAAUCCCACAUGUCUAACAUUGAGCAAUGGACACAAUAAAGUCAUGCCAUUCUUCACAUCA